AUGCAUCAGCGACUGUCGCCAAUCAAGUGUACUAUCGCGCCGAGGGUUCCCAUUUGUGCAAAGGUUGACUUCGUUGUGGUUGUUCAUGCGCGGGCGGAAGAUGCUCUAUCGAGAACUAACUGGCGAAAUACGUACGGCGCCGGGCAAUUGAAAAGCCAGUUCAACUACACUAUUCUAUUUUCUGUGGGUAGGCCAAGCUUACCAAAUGAUCAGAGGAUUAUCGAGGAGGAGAGCGCUCUCUACGACGACGUUCUGCAGUUCGACUUUAACGAUAGCUAUCGUAAUCUAACAUUCAAG